CGACUCCGCUAACUUGUGUCCCAUUCCAAAAUCAAAAGCCUUUGAGAGAUUUUUGAGUCCUUAUCUGAAAUCCUAAAAGUAUUUCUGUUGUGCAAAUUUCGUUGGAAAUCCAGAAGGGCAGAAAAUGGGUGUUUUGGAUCAUUUUUCGAAUCUAUUUGAUUGCUCAAGUGGGAGAUCCAGGCUCAAGAAACGCAGGCAAUUCCAGACGGUGGAGAUCAAGGUGAAGAUGGACUGCGAAGGAUGCGAGCGGAAGGUGAAGAGAUCGGUGGAGGGAAUGAGGGGCGUGACGCAGGUGGACGUGGAGCGCAAGGCCCACAAGCUGACGGUCGUCGGAUACGUGGACCCCGGCAAGGUUCUGGCACGUGUCGCGCAUCGGACGGGGAAGAGGGUGGAGUUCUGGCCCUACGUCCCGUACGACGUCGUGGCGCACCCUUACGCCGCCGGAGUGUACGACAGGAAGGCGCCGUCCGGGUACGUGCGGAACGUGGAGGACCCGCAGAUGGGGAACCUGGCACGUGCGAGCUCGACGGAAGUGCGUUACACCACGGCGUUCAGUGAUGAAAACCCCGCUGCCUGCACUGUCAUGUGAGGUGUCACUUUGCACGUGACAUUUGUGGAAUCGACUUGGAAUUUUGGUUAAUUAUUUUGGAGUACGCCAAUGUCAUGUGUUGUUGCACUUUUUUUUUUUCAAUUUCUUUUUUGGUUUGUUGAUAAAUCAAAAUUUAUGAAAUUGGCUAUGUGUUGGUCUUUGUA